AUGGUUGGCAGAUCAGCAUUGCCAGUUAUUGCCAGCAUAGCCGUUGUUGCAGCCUCCCUCGAAUCUUUUGAGCCUGGUAGAAAGGUUGUUCCCGGUGCCUAUAUUGUCGAGUAUGAAGACGGUCAUAAUGCGACUAGUAUUGCUGCCGCCAUUGGCGCUCAUCUAGACCAUGUACGCGUACAUUUCGACUUUGAGACGUUCAAGGGCGUCUCGAUUCAGGUCAACGAGAGCGAGGCUAUGGGAACCACCACACGCAGCCUCUUUGCCAGUUCUGGCGCCGUCAAAAAUAUGUGGCCCGUGUAUGCCUACGAUAGACCUAGCUUCAAUGCCACAGAAGUGGUGCCGUCUGGUCGCAGCACCCGCGCCGAGGAUACAUUUAGCCCACACGUCAUGAUGCAGGUUGACCAGCUCCGAGCUCGAGGUUUCGACGGAAAGGGCGUCAAGCUAGCUGUCCUCGAUUCUGGUGUUGAUUAUACUCACCCUGCCCUUGGCGGCUGCUUUGGCCCUGGCUGCAGAGUCUCCUUUGGCUAUGACCUUGUCGGAAAUGACUUUAAUGGAGGCAACAAGCCCCAACCUGGCAGCGAUCCCAAGGACUGCGGAUCGCACGGGACCCAUGUGUCUGGCAUCAUCACCGCCGAGGCCAACGAAGCCGGAUUCACCGGCGUGGCCCCCGGCGUCACGUUUGGCAUGUACAAGGUAUUCGGCUGCAAGGGCGGCACCAACACCGACGUACUCAUGGCUGCCGCAGCGCGCGCCGCCGCAGAUGGCGCGCAAAUCAUCAGCUGCUCCGUGGGAGGCGCGCAUGGCUGGUCCGACGACGGCUUCUCCAAUUUCCUGAGCAGGCUCGCCACGGAAAAGAACAUUACCUCUUCUGUCGCUGCCAGCAACGACGGCGAAUACGGCGCCUUCUACUCGUCCGGCUCGUCCAACGCCGCGGCCGUCAACUCCAUCGCCUCCGUCGACCUGACCGAGACGCCCAACACGGGAGGGACGCCCAGCGGAUUCUCGUCGUGGGGGCCGACCAUGGAGAUGAACUUUAAGCCGCAGUUUGCCGGUCCCGGACGCGACAUUCUCUCGACUCUUCCCAACAACAAAUACGGCCGCGCCUCGGGAACGUCCAUGUCGGCGCCCAUGGUUGCCGGCGUCAUGGCCCUGCUCAACCAAGCCAUGGGGCCCCUCAGUCCCGAGCGCAUGCGGCAAAUCCUGGCCGCCAAUGCCAAACCUGUGCAGUUUAGCAGCGGCUCCAAGACUUUUGAUGCCCUGGCUCCUGCUGCGCAGCAAGGUGCUGGUCUUGUGCAAGCCCUGAAUGCUCUCAAUAGCAAAACGCUCGUCUCGCCCUCGAGCCUGUCCUUCAACGACACCGAGCACCACAACUCCAACAUGCAAGUCUCAGUCACAAACACGGGCAACGAAACCGUCGAGUACCAGGUUCUCGUGCGUCCCGCAGUCUCAGUCUACGUUCUCGCCAGCAACAGCCCGUAUCCCUCACGGUCGCCCAACGACCAGACACCCGCCUCUGGCAGUUUAAACGCCACCGUCACAAAGUUCAACCUGACUGCCGGGCAAACCCAAAUCUUGCACGUCUCUGCCGACCCGCCCGCUUCCGUCGACGCCAAGAGACUCGCGCUCUGGUCGGGGUUCCUGUCCUUUCGUCGUGGGAGCGACUCAUCCGUGGUUUCGAUUCCUUACCAGGGUCUCGCCGGAUCCCUACGCAACACGACAACGCUGCUACCCGACGGCGCAUCCGUGACGCACCGCAACGAUAAAAACCGCCAGCCAGUUCCGGCCAAUACCGAGUUUGUGCUUCCUAAACCUGGCACCUCGACAUCGAAUGCCGACAUUCCUCUCAUCGUCGCCAACCUGACGCUUGGCACGACUAGCCUGACUGCCGGAAUUGUGGAUGCUUCUUCGGGCUCUGCCGUCGCGGACUUGCCAGAUGUGCCGUAUCGUAUGGUUACGCGUGGCGCUGGGUUCGGUGUCGGAUGGGAUGGUAAGCUUGCCAACGGCUCUUAUGCUGGCGCGGGCACGUACAAGGUACGAGUCAAAGCUCUGCGCAUCUUUGGAGAUGCCGCCAACGGAAAUGACUGGGAUGUGAGCGAUACAGUGCCCAUCAAGAUCUCCUAUAAAUAG